AGAGGGGGGGGGGGGAUCUUUACCCUUAAUUAAUAUCAGAAUUUAUACAACUGGGUUUUUAAAGGACUUUAAAAAAGUCUUUCAUGGUGUUCAAAGGGACCUGUUUCCUCAGAAGUUGUUCUCUUCAAGCAGACAUGAGGAACAAACAGACGUCUGCCCUGCUGAUUGACACGGGAAGAAAUGACUAGAGAGAUCUGGCCACUUCAGCUGGAGCUGCGGAUGAUGCCGUGGGCCAGGACGAGGAGGGCCCAGUCGCCCAGUCGAGACGUCUCUCCCGUGUCAUCCUACUACUCCGAGCCCGUCUCCCUCCCGCGACACAAGGAUGUGUUGAGGGGCCUGCCUGGUGUUGGAGAGGAGGACCGAGAGGACGCGGAGGAGGUCCUGAGCUUGAGGAGCCUGCCUUGCGUGAGGAACACUUUGAAUAAGGACCUCCACAAGGUCAAGAGGCCAAGAGGGCUCCCGAGCCGACCGAUUGUGACGGGUGUCUCAGACGUCAGGCUUCCAGCCAUCAAUCAUCAGCAGCAGGAGUCCAGGCCUACGCUCAUAGUAAGAGGUUUGCAAUGUGGGAGGAAGACCAACAAAUGUCCCCCAAUAAUAAACUCCAGAUGGGGCCAGGGAUACAGCCAGGGGUCCACCCUACCUGAAAGGCCUCCUGGUCGGGCGGGGAGAAGGCCAGACAGACACAUAGUCAGCUCCUCUUCCUGUGAGCCCCGCCCGGUGCCCCAGCGCCCAUUCCCCAGAGAAGGGGAUCACACUCUGAAGAGAUCCAGCCAGACAGGAGACACCCCAGAGUUGCCCUUCAGGCAUUCUUCCCAUAAUCCUCCGGGACCUUCCAUAUCGACUCCCAGGCAGUGCCUGAUCACAGCCAGCCAUGCAUCACAUAGAGUAACUAACACAGGCAAGGCUACAACACAUAGAGUAACUAACACAGGCAAGGCUACAUCACAUGGAGCAACUAACACAGGCAAGACUACAACACAUAGAGUAACUAACACAGGCAAGGCUACAUCACAUGGAGCAACUAACACAGCUGUGCUGCCUCGGCCAGGAUGGAGGCGGGGGGCUGCGUUUAAGAGGGGUGCGCUGGAGUGUGUGUGGGAGGAGGGGUGCGGGUUACCCUCCGUGCCGUACCCUCACCUCCUGGAGCCCCUCUCGGGCUUCCGCGAGCAGCUGUGCAGGCAGCUCCUGCACUCUCCGCUGCCCUACAGAGAGGAGGCGACGCUGGGGCCCCGUGCCAAGGUGCCCCCCUGCGCCCACCUCCAGCCGCGGGACUCCGUGCCAGCCGCACCUCAAAGGACAGUCACCGUUCUGCUGCAGGGUGCGGUGGAUGUGCCUGGUUGGCAGGGGCGAACGCUGCCCAAAAUCACCAUGACUCGCCCCACUCCCUCACCGAAACAUGCGCUACGCAGUGAAAGCAGACAGUCAGCCUGA